UUACCUUUCCACCACCGUCCGCCAUUAAAAUUCCUUCAAGAUCAUAUACAAAAAUGGAGAAUAAUUACUCAUAUUCUUCAUACCCAGACUCCAACACCUCCACUCCUCGCUCCCGGGAAGUCGAUUGCGAAACCGCCUCGUACGAUGAACAAGUCGCCAACAACCCUAACCCUAAUAAUAAUAACAACGCUUCUUCCAAUUACAAGGUUAAACUUAUGUGUAGCUAUGGCGGUAAGAUACUUCCACGGCCACAUGAUAAUCAACUCACUUAUAUCGGUGGUGAUACCAAAAUCCUCACCGUGGAUCGUAACAUUAGGUACGGUUCGAUUUUACAUAAACUCAACUCGCUUUCCGAUUCGUCGGAUAUUUGUUUUAAAUACCAGUUGCCUGGGGAAGAUCUAGAUGCGUUGAUCUCGGUUACGAAUGAUGAAGAUUUGGAACAUAUGAUGACCGAAUAUGAUCGGAUUUUUCGUUCUUCCGCUAAGCCGGUGAGGCUUAGGUUGUUUAUGUUUUCUUUAUCUCCGGCGACUUUUGGUGGUGGUGGUGGUGGUGAGAGUAAGACGGAGCAGCAGUGGUUCGUUGAUGCGUUGAACGCCGUUCAGAUCUCGUCGGGGCAGUCUUCUUCGCCGGCGUCGGACAAUCCUGAUUAUCUCUUUGGAUUUGAUAAAGGAAAUGCGCCUGUAACGGCUCAGGCGAAGGUGCAGGAUGUCACCGCCGUUGUCGUGCCACAGGCAAACGUUUCAGAUACCACUCGUCCGGGAUCGGAGUGUGGUUCGGAGGAUAGUAAUAGCAAUCGUCACGUCGUCGGAGAUACGGUUGUUUCACCGACGGUGGAGAUUCAGAGACAGAUCCAGGAAUCUCAAAGAAUGCAGAUAGCCGCCAGUCAUGAACAAGCCAUUAACAUCGAUCCUAGGGCUUAUUACGGAGACUAUUACCCUCAGAAAAUUCAACCGGCUGCAGCCACCGGUCAACCACGGUAUUGGCAGGAACGACAUAUGACAACCGGUGGUUACCCGAUGUCAGUGGCCGGAAACGACUCUCCGGUUUAUCUAAUUCCAUCCUCGACUGGUGUUUAUCCGUCUCCAACUCCUCCGGCACAAGCUCCGCCGGCAGCUCAGACACUCCGACAGGCGACUGGUCAGGUCAGUCAAGGUCAGGCUUACUAUGGGAUGCAGAGGAUGGGUAAUCCACCUGAAUUCUACCGGGAACAACCUAUGUACAGCACAAUGAAUCAGCCCCCAAUUCAGCAAACCAAAGUUGGAACAUACCCAGAAGCAAUCGGAGUGGUGAGGCCACAGGCUGAGCUCGGGUAUGGUCAAGUUGGCAUUGACGCCACCGGCCGGCAGGUUUAUUAUACAACGUCACAGGGGAUGAACUCCCCCUAUCAACAGGUGAUGGCCCCAACUGAUGUGAGGCAAGGCCCUGGUUUGGUGGUCAACCCUGAGGGUAAGAUGGUUCUGAAUCCUAAUAAGUAAAGAUCAUCUCUUUUGCUUUUCUUGAUCAUGGUUAUUACAAUUUGGACAGCAUAAAUAACUAUAUAGGUGUAUGUGCCUCUUUGGUGUGCCUAUUUGUUCUUUAUUUUCCAUCUUUUUUUGUUGUAUAUACCCUUAUUUAUGUUUAUAUAUUCAACUUGAGACUCUACUCUUUCAGCAUUCAGUUGUUGCUUUCUUGAUGCAUAUAUCUACAUUAGGAGCAAUGAUAAAAGAUGGAGAGUCUUACUCGGUAAGUGAGAGGGACGACUCUUA